AGGCUGGGCAGCUUAUGGAGAAGUAUGAUGGGCCGGGAGGGACGAUGGAGAAUAAUCAGAAAUUUAAUGUUCAUGUUGCGCUUUCUGGGACGAAGGUUACGUUUACGUUGAUACUGAGGAGUAUGACGAGACUUUCGGGGUUGAGUCGGAAUGAGGAUUUGACGUUUGCGGUUUGGUCUAUCGUGCCGAAUUUUAGGGAGGGGAGGGUUUUGGUUAAGGUUACGGAGAAUUAUCGGAGUUCUGAUAUCGAGGUUGAGAAUGGUGCUGUGAGGAAACAUUUUGCUGUGAGUAACGCGGAUUUGAAGAAAGUGAAGGCUUCGGUAUAACGUCGAGGAAUUUUGGUCAAUAAAAGUUUUGACUGGUUCAAUGACAUGGCUUAAGUUGUGAGGAAGUUCUGCAGGUAUAUCAGCACGUCAUUCGGUGGCACUGGAAAUCAGUCAUGCCUGAUCGUUUCAACUCGCUGACGAGCUUCUGGCGCAUAUUCUGCAACCGCAGACUCGUCGAUUUCAGGUCUUCUCUCUACGACGCCUCAAGCUUGUUAUCUGAGAGCACUUCCGCAGCCACUCUUGCCCUAAACGCUGGCGGAUUCGAGAUUUCGAUGCGUUCUCGAUGCUGCUAGAUGAAUCAAAUCCGCGAAUCUGGAUGGUCGCCAGCGCUGGCAAGAGAAAUACUCCUGUCUUCGAUUUCAGCCGUACCAUAGACACUGGAACGCCAGCCAGGCAAUUCAUUGUAUGGGCCUUGUUCG